GACGAGCUCGCCGAAAUGGCCGCGUCCAGUCAAGGAAACUCUGAGGGAAAUUUUGAGUCACUGGACCUUGCAGAAUUUGCUGAAAGGCAACCAUGGUGGCGCAAGCUGUUUAGGCAGGAAUCCGGGGACUCAGCCGAAAAGUACAGUGUGGCAACCCAGCUGUUAAUUGGAGGUGUCACUGGAUGGUGCACAGGUUUCAUAUUCCAGAAGGUUGGAAAGUUGUCUGCAACAGCUCUGGGAGGUGGAUUCUGUCUCCUUCAGCUUGCAAACCAUACUGGGUACAUCAAAGUGGACUGGCAGCGAAUAGAGCAGGACAUGAAGAAAGCCAAGGAACAGCUGAAGAUCAGGAAGAGCAGCCAGAUACCCACGGAGAUCAAAAGCAAAGCAGAGGAGAUUGUGUCAUUUGUGAAGAAGAAUGUUCUAGUGACUGGUGGGUUUUUCGGAGGCUUUCUGCUUGGCAUGGUAUCCUCAGGAGAAUGACUUCACUUCCAUUAUUCCUGGUUCUUCCAACCAGCAGC